CUCCCUUUUGCUCUGUCUGCCAGGCUGAGUUGGUUUCAGACAGUGCAUCACAAACACACACACACACACACACACACACACACACAUACAUGUGCCACUCUAUGUCUCUAGCAGCUCUCCACUCAUCUGCUCUCUCCUCUUCCUUCUCCUCACCCACCAUGGAGUCACAUCACUAAAGAGUGGAUUAUUCCCCCUGUUUUUCCUCUUCUCUCCUCUUGAUUCGGUGUGUUUGGGUGUCUGUUUCAAGGUGGGAAUGCUCGUGUCUGCGACAGCGCUGUUGGGGGCUACACUGGGAACCGUGUCUGGACUGUUGACGCUGUGUGGUCUCUCGCUGCUGUGCAAGAGCUGUAAGAAGGGGAAACUUGAAAGAGGGGACGAGGCAGACCCAGAGAAAGCCAAACCCAGUAUCCUGCAUACUCUGACACAGUUCAGUGUGCAGAAGUCCACAAAGCCCAUCCAGCCUCAAGCAUCUUUGAAGUUUCCUGAAAUCUACUGCCCCAAACCUUGUGUCACUUCUCAAGAGGUAAUAAAUGACACGUCUGCUGCCGCGCUCGACACCUGUAACCAGACAACCGAUCGUGAGGAAGUCUUCUCCCUCCCGCGGCAAGCUUCCGCAGAUGAAACGCCCUGCACAUCUGAGCAAACUGGUGCCAUGACGAAAAGUAGCUCUAUCCUAUAUCCUAAACUACACUUCUCCAUCAGCCUGCACAAAGAAAAUGGAGAGCUACACAUCAGCAUCGUGGAAGCGGAGAAUAUUUCAGUGGAGGCUGGAUGUGAGGGAUAUAUAUCAGGGUGUGUGAGCGUCUCUGAAGAGCAGAGGCAUGCUCACACAGCCGUCCACAAGCUAGCCGCACAUGUGCAGUGGGGAGAGGAGCUGGUGUUUGCUCUCUCCGUGGAGGGCACAGAAGACACAGACAGUCUAGAUGGAGAAGUGGCCCUCUCACUUCACUGCUGUGAUCGAUUCUCCCAUAAUUCCACUCUGGGCACAAUGCGCUUUAAGCUGGCUGAUAUAAGCAUGAUGUUGGAUGCUGAUUGCUGGGUUGACUUACAGCCACCUAAACAGGAAGUGGCAUCAUCAUCUGGAGAGCUUCUAUUGUCACUUAGUUAUCUGCCAGCAGCCAAUAGACUUGGGGUGGUGGUAAUGAAGGCAAGAGGACUACAGUCAGACAAACUGAAAGAUAACAUAGAUCUAUCGGUAAAGCUGACCUUAAAACAUCUAAAUGCCAAGCUGAAGAAGAAGCAGACGCGGCGAGUGAAGCACAAGAUGAAUCCAGUCUGGAACGAGAUGAUGAUGUUGGAGCUGCCCAGUGAGUUACUGGCUAAAUCCAGCGUUGAAUUGGAGGUCCUGAACCUGGCCAGUCCCGGGACCCUUCUCCCCCUGGGCCGCUGCAUGCUGGGGCUCUGCACCUCUGGGACCGGCCUGCAGCACUGGAAACAGAUGUUAGAUAAUCCACGCAAACAAAUUGCUAUGUGGCACCCUCUAUACACCUAGAAUACAGGUUAAUAUUCUGCAAAACUUCACCUGCACACAGUGAUUGGUUAAAUGUGUGGUUGGAUUGUUAGGACACUACUCUAUUGCUGUGUAAAAACAUAGUACUCCAAUAUAAUAAAUAUUUAACUAGAUAUAAUGUGUGAACCCAGUUGUUUUAAUUCUGUAAUAUGAAACCGUUUUCUCUGCAGUACUAAUAUUGUUACACAAUAGUUUAGAGUAUUUUAAUGUAAGCAGUGCUGCAUUUAGCUUUGCUGUUGUUAAUGAGUCUUCAAAUUACUCACUGCUAUUUUAAACUGGUCCGACUUGGAGCCAUCCUCAUCUCCUAACACUUGUCAGAUAUAAAAUAUGACUGAACAGCCCACUCAGUCAAUAUCAUAGUGACUGAUGGGAGAGAGAAGCAACGGCUCAGAUCUGAUGUGUAAAGCCUGGCUGGAUCAGAUCAGGAGAAAGGUUAAACUAAUGUAUCUAACCAGGUUUGGCAGAACAGAUGUCCCUCAUAACUCAUCCUGAAUAAACAAUCACAACAAAUAUUAGGUUAAAGCAUUCUUUGUCAGAUGAAGCCCUUAUAUGAUCCACAGGCAGGGUUUUUCUGAAAGCAUCAGAAAACAGAAGUCAGUCUAUUGUGGUCGGGAACACUUAGAAAGACAUUCGAAUAUAAUUCAUUUUCAAGUUUAAUAGCAAACAGUGUGGUUUUCCUGCUAUGAAAGCUUAUGGAUCCUCUCAGUCACACUGUCACAGCUGGAAAGAUGGAGUCCUGCUCACUGACUGUAGAUUGUGGCUAGUACCUUUACCUUUACAGCAGUAAUAUAAAGGGUCUCAAUACUGCAGCUUAAGUCUCCUCAAGAUGCAUGAAUACAGAAAAAAGUUUAAAUGUACCACUGUCUUUUAAUUUAAAAAAUGUAAAUAUAUAUAAACAGCAGGAUAUGUAUUCUAUAUACCAUAUGUGUAUUAGCAGGAUAAAGUAUCUCAACAGGUACUGCCAGGCUCCAGGAAAGUUACUUUAUACUCUUGAGUGUAAUAGAAGAUGGUGUUCUCUACCAUUAUUGUGCUUUAGGACAUUUUAGAUGACAAAAUUAAACUCAUAACUGUAAUGAAAAUUACUCAGUUUGGAGAUGAAAGUCUGUUUAAAAAAAUUGGAUAAAAUUAAAAAAGGUAAUUGCUCAUUUUAUUUCAAUUAGACAAUUAGACGGACAAUUUUUUCCCCAGAACUGCGAGAAACAAAAUCUAAAUCGUGAAAAAAAAAUGUCUAAACAGAAUUGUGAGAUAUAAACACACAAUUCUGAGAAGCAAUUGUGAAGCAGUUUCUUUUUUACUAUUCUGAGUUUUUAUUAGAUCUCUCUGAUAUAAACAUGCAAUUCUGGGAACUUGCAAUUGUAAGGUAACAUCAGUUCUGAUCUUUUUUCUUGCAAUUCUGUUAUAAAAUUAUAUAACAGAUUGUAGGAAAAUCAUUUAUUUAUUAAAAUAAUUUAUUCUGUAUAGAAAACAGGCUUCACUCAUCAAGCUACGGAUCUAUAGCUCAAUGUUGUAAAAUGCUGAAAUUUUGUCCCAUUAAAAAUGCUUCCUUCUUUCCAAAUCCAAGUCAAAUUGUUGCCAAACACAACCAACCCUGAUUUAUUCCAAAAAUGGGUUUGUGUUUCACCAUUCUAGAGGUGACAUGCCAAAUACCACUAAAAUCAAAUAUUGUGCAUUUGUCUAGGAAGAAAUGUAUAUUUUUCGCUAUAAUCAACAAAGUAGUGAUUCAACCAAAUGACAAAUUAAAUCAAUCAGCUGUAAGUGAAUAUUCAGCUAAGUCACACAAGAUAUUUGCUGAAGUAUUUGUUGUUUAUUUUAGUGUUAAUCUGUUUUGUGUGACCUGAUUACAAUAACAUCUCCAGUUAGACCAUAAAUUAUUCAUAAUGUUUAUGUCAGAUAUGUUUAGAUAUUUUGAUCAAUUUAAGCUUUAAAUAUAUUUGUAGAGGUUCCUUGGGUAGCAGUAAAAAAGCAAUGAAAUCCCCCAUCUUAUGUGUAAAAACAUUAGAUAACAAUUUUUUAGCUCUAUUUGUCCUUCAGUUAUGAUUGAAUAUUUACAGUGCAAUGACUUUUGAAUUGACAUGAUUGCUGUGCUUGAUACUUUCCCAGAGAGGGGUGACCAAUGUAAUGUUAAUCACUGCAGUCUGAUCCAUCUACAUGACUUACUGCAUUACACUCUCGAUUUCGUACUGACAGAAAUGUAUUUUUAAUCCACAGAUAUGCUUGAAUCAAAUAGCCACGUGUUGGUGUGAAAUAAAUAUUACUUUCUCAGAA